AUGGUUUGUUUGUAAACUAGAAUGUUCUUAAUUCGUAUUGACAAUCAGUAGGUGUUGCCCCCCACCGGUUAGCUUUUUACCCUCUAAAAAUAGUAACCAUUCCAACCCAACAUCAUGGAACGACAUCUAACGGUGACCAAACCUAGCCGGAGCGACGAGGUUUUGGACGAACAUCAGCAGCUCCAAAUCACCAACCAAGUCAAAGCCCUGUUCGAUGCUCAAGCACCUAAAAGACUCGCCAAACCUAACCGUAGUGAACCUGAUUCAGUCUCGCCGACAACCCUUUUAGAAGAUUUCCCUAUUCCAGAACUUGACAAUCUCCGAUCUCUUCAGACUCAAGGUGGUAGUAUCUUUUCUGAAAAUAGUAAUUGCUCGGAACAAGAAGAGUUUGUGGAAACACGGUACUACAAUGAGUUGGUUUCCAUUGACAAACAGCAUCACACGACUGGAAGUGGGUUCAUAAAGAUGGUCAAUCAAACGGAUGGUAACAUUUACAAUCUUCAAUUGAAUGGUGGUCAUGAGAAUGGCAGAGCCAGAGAGUUCAACACUAAUCCAGCGAGAAACGACUGGAUUCCCAGCAGUGAAGAUUAUCAGGCUUAUUAUUCAGGUUGGAUUCACGUCCUCAAAACCCAACCGGAGUGAAAGUGAUUAGAACAGAAGUCAAGAAUCAACCAGAUGCUGAAGUUGGUCUCUCCUAUUUUCCUGAAUUUGCUAAUCUUGAAUGAUUGGAGAGAGAAAUGAGAGAGGAUACCACGUCCUUAGGUUGAUGUGCCACUGUAUACUGGUUUGUAUCUGAAUAGUAAUGUAGUAUAUAAUUUCUAGUAGGGACGAUGCCAAGGCUGUUUUCGUGAUUGGCUAAUAAAAAGUUGUAAGCAAACUCUGCUCAUGGUAGAAACUGAUCUCACUGGCCUCUGCUCUUAAUCCUCAAGGAUCUGAAUGGUCCGGUCGGACUGCCCAUCAGUGUGUGUGAAAUGCACUACUAACUACUAAGCUCCACAUGCAUGCCAACUAUCGUGUUGAUUAACAUUGGACAUCGAUAAUUUCCUUUUGUUAAGCUGAGCGACUGGUUUUGCCUUCUUUUCUUUGGGUUUUAUUUAUCAAUCAAUCAACUAUAAA